UUGCGUUUGUCCAUCAUCUCUCUCCGUCCUCCAUUUGCUUCCUUCCUUAAACCCUUGGCGCGGAAAUUUAGGGCUUUUCCGAAUUCUUGGCUUCUUCGUUCGGGCAUGAAACGAUGAACUUAAUCUUCAAAUCCGUGACCAGAGUCGUCGUCUGUUCGUCCAUUUUCCACUCGAGUACAGCCGCACUUCCUAGACGAAAAUUGGUAAUUUCGCAGCAAGUUCGCUUCUCUUCCGCCGCCGUCAACGGAAAAACCGGUGGCGGCGGAAGGAAACCCAGAGCUAAGGCGCCGGCGAAGAUUCCGGAGUUGGAGCGGGAGAAGGAAGAGAAGGAGUUGCCAAGGCCGAAGGAGAUAGUUUUCCAACCGGAGGUGGGGAAUUGGGUCAACCUGAUCGGGUUUGUCGAUCAACCCGUUCAGUUCGAAGCUUCUUCCGACGGGAAAUUCUGGGCCGGCACCGUUAUCUCCCAGCGUUCCGAUUCUGAUUCCUCUGCGUUUUGGGUUCCAAUAAUAUUCGAAGGAGAUCUCGCCAAAAUUGCAGCACGCUAUGUAAAGAAAGAUGAUCAGAUUCAUAUUUCGGGAAAACUGUUUAUAGAUUCCCCUCCUCCGAAUGUGACAUAUGCUCAAGCCAGUGUCCAGGUUAUGGUCCAGAAUCUCAACUUUGUACAUCCUACUACAGCUAAGGUUAUGAAGAUCUCGUCAUCUGAAAAUGGAGAGGGUGGCACCAAGAAGCGGCCGCCUGGUAGACCUAAGAAGGUCACAGCCACUGAGGAGGCUUCGGAUACUUGGAAGCACCUUCUCGUAAAUCCAAAAGAUUGGUGGGAUCACCGUGAUAAUAAAGCCAAUGGAUCGGUAAAACCAAGACACCCUGAUUUCAAGCGGAAGGAUGGCAGUCUUUCUCUGUGGCUGAACAAGGCUCCUGACUGGGUAUUGCCAGAGCUUGAAGGAAUUAAAUUCGAUGUUCCAGUCUCCAAACCCAGAGAAGUGAAGCAACGUACAAAAGAGGAAUCAUGGAAGGAUUUGGUUCAGAACCCUGAUAAAUGGUGGGACAACAGAUCAAACAAGAGGAACGUAAAAGCACCAGACUUCAAGCACAAGGAAACAGGGGAAGCUCUGUGGCUGAACGAGUCCCCGACGUGGGUAUUACCUGAAUUGCCUCCUCUCAAGAAGAGGCAACAGGAACGACUAGUACUAGCCGGCAACACCAGCUCGGAAUCUUCUUCUUGACCGUUAUCCCAAAUGUAAAAAUGGCUAAAACGUCUCUGUCCAAAUUACGAUUCAGAAACUCUCGUUCAGAUCUAUGAAUAGAAUACAUAGCCCAUUUGGUUUUUA